AUGCGGACGGCAGGACUCCAAUCCGCAUUAUGGCUCAUUUACAUGACACUGCUGGUUGGCUCACUCACUCAAACAGCUAACACGUCUCACAUCGGCCGUGUGUGCACGACAUGGGGAAACUAUCACUGGAAGACCUUUGAUGGCAACUUCUUCUACCUGCCUUCGACCUGUAACCAUGUCCUGGUCUCACAGUGUAAUCAAAACUACGAAUUUUUCAACAUCCAGAUGAGGCGCAAGACAGUCAAUAACAUCCCUACCAUCAGCAGCAUUAUCUUGAAGCUGGAAGGUUCUGAGGUUGAGCUCAACAAAAGUGCAGUAGUUUUCAACGGAAAGAGUUGUGACAAUAAGCAAUUAUGUGACCAGAUAUUCAGCAGUGCUUCGUUUGGCAACUGUAAGGGUCUUCUGGAUAUGGAAUCCUUCAUUAAAGCCUGUAAGGCUGAUAUGUGCAACCCUGAAAAUGAAACUGACUCCGUCCUCUGCAAAACCAUCUCCGAGUUCUCCAGACAGUGUGUCCAUGCAGGUGGCAAGCCCCAGCAAUGGAGGAAUGCAACCUUUUGCUACAAGAAAUGUCCGUACAACAUGGAGUUCUUGGAGUGUGCCAGUACAUGUCCUGACAGCUGCUCCAACCCUCAGACCAGCCAGACAUGUGGCAGCCACUGCCACGAUGGCUGCAGCUGCCCUGCUGGAACGGUCUUCGAUGACAUCAGUAAGACUGGCUGCAUUGCAGUGGAUCAGUGUCCAUGUGUGCACAACGGCAACGUGUACAAAUCAGGAGAGUCCUACUCUUUCAACUGUAGAAGCUGCGUGUGCAAGAGUGGCCAGUGGAAGUGUACAGAAGAGAACUGUCCAGGAACCUGCUCUGUGGAGGGAGGCGCUCAUAUCAACACCUUCGAUGGAAAAAUCUACACCUUCCAUGGGGACUGCUCCUACGUUCUGGCUAAGCAAAGUAACGGCUCCUUGUACACUGUUCUGGUGGACCUGGUCAAGUGUGGUCUGGCUGACAGUCGGACUUGCCUAAGAGCAGUAACUCUGGCCUUGUACAGCAAUUCUGUGCAAGAUUCACGCUGA